AAGCCAGCGGGAGUCUCUGGUCCACAUGGCAGCGUGCUGCAAGAUCUCGGAUCGCAUAGCUCGAAAGGCUCUAUCAGGUGAGGAGGGGCGCGAAGGACGAGUUAGAGACCAUAUGCUUCCGGCGUGUGCCCAGAGGCAACGGGAGCAGCGAACAUCUGCUUUGCGACACGCAGCACUUCUUUUUUAUCAGUAUUCGGUAGAGGAGGCAC